UUCCAUCAGGUGGACAAACGUGGUGUUGACAUGAAGCUGGAGUUGCUGUUGGCGCUGGCUGUGGUGGCCCUGGUCCCCAGCCUCUCUGAGAGCCGAAUCGUCUCCAAAUGCGAGCUGAAAGGUGACCUUGAAAAGGCCAUCGUACUGGACAAAAGGCUUGUACCAUACAAGGAGCAAAUUUUGGCAAUUGUCAUCUGUGAGGUGGAGGGGAAAUCCCACUUUGUUACCGACCUGACCAAAGUGUACGGUGAGCGCAGACCUACAACAACCGUGCCAUCAACAGCAGACAAUAUAACAAUUGUCGAGAUUCCGACUACUACAACAACUACAGCUAACCCAGUGAACACAAAUUCAGGCACUGCAUCCAACAGUGCAGCUGGUGGCAGCAGAAAGAAGCGGGAUGCUCGGAAAAAGACCAAGAAGAAGUCAAGCCAUGAGGAGUCUCUGGCUGAUAUAAUGAAUGAUGAAGAAAACAAGUUUAAUGAGGUGGAGAUGAUGCAAGACGAUGAACAUAUGGGUGAUCACAAAGACUCAUCACAUGAAGUGUCAGCGAUAGAAUCAUGGUCUCUCGGCUUCUACGGGGUCUUUCAGCUUUCUGAUAGCCACUUCUGUAAUUCCGGUUAUCGUUGGUCAAGGAAUCUGUGCCGUUCAUCCUGCUCAGCCUUCACCGAUGACGACAUAACUGAUGAUGUAGCUUGCUUCGCAAGGACUGGUUACUGGAGGCACCUGCUGAGGUCAGCCUCUAAACAGUGCCACGGUGCUGCGAAGACCUACUUGGCUGAAUGUGCAGUAUAAUGGCACAAUUUCUUCCUGCAGGAAAAGCAACUUUUUUUUAUCAGCCCUCCUCUGGGGUGAUCUGCAAACCAUUAUAAAUUCAAUUACUUACUUUGUUUUCCUUAAUAAUGUAUCAAGAAAUGUCUAAAAUAAUCUAAUUACAAUUGAUUUGUGGGCAUAUUUCAUUCUCAACAAAAGAUAAAAAUUUAGUUUUGGUGGUUUCUUUAAAUGAUGGUGGUUGUUUUAAUAUUCAAUACGAAACAAAUUAUUCUGUGUGUGUCAUGCUGUUUGUGAUCUCUUAAUAAAAAUAAACUGAUCUCUUG